AUGAAAUCGAUUAUCUGCUUAUGUCUCUUCGCUUUAGUAGCAGUCAAUGCUGCUCAAUAUGACCUCAACGACAAAGCUCGUCAAUAUUUAGCUCGGGUCAAGAUGACUGAUUUACCUGAAUCAGUCCGCUUGUCCUUAGCUGAAGGCGAAGGUCGCGCUGCUGGUGAUGCCUCACACUGGUGUUGCAUCAAUGAGCAACCAAUUACAACAGUCACUGAAACUAAAAUCGAACAUGGUACACGUGUUGUUGCUACGAAAACCAAAGUUGGCUAUGUUUCGUGCGGAUUUGCAGGCACAAUGAGAUGCAGUCACUACGUUACCAAUUACAGACAGGAAAUUUACAGCUUUAUUCAAACUUUUCAAGUUCCCAACAUGGCCGCUUGCAAUAGUCACGAAGUGAAAUGCUGUUCUGGUUAUCUCCUCGUCGCUGAGAACUGUCAUACAUAUGCAGAUAUAAUGGAAAAUCGACCAUUAUUCGAAUUUUUAAGCCAACUUGGUUUACUUUCAACAGGCAUCGGAAAAUAA